AUGGCGCCGCUCUUUGAGUACUUCGUGGUGUGCGGGAUCGGACCUGAAAUCCGCACGUUGGACGGGAACAGGGGCUACCAUGGCGCAGGCAUCAUGUACUUGCCAUCUCUAUUAGAUCAAUACCCUCCUCCAAAUCACUCGCUCUAUCCUCCUCCCCCGCCUCAACUCCCCACCUGCGUUUUGCCGGCCGGCGUCCAGUUCUACUCAUCGGGAUUUGAUUCCGCCGACCCGUUGUCCUUUCCCCGGAGCUAUCCGAUCGUCUUGACCGAAGGUGAUGGAUCGAAGAUUUAUGUCAGCUGCAUUGCGUUCCGAGAUCCCGUUUGUGAGGACAUAGCCGAGGCUUAUCGUAUAGCAGCCAAUUCAUUUGCUGAUAAAUGCAUUUGUCUCGUCUCGCGUGCUCCCAGUUUCGGCAUUCUGCGUGAUGCCUUGGAAGAAAUAUUCCUGCUUUGCUUUUCACAGUCUGGAAGCAGCAAGCCGCUCUGGGAUGUCAUAGCAUAUUUAGUGUCCAAUGUACCUUUACCAACCCCUGGAAAGGACCGAGUGCUGUUUGCCAUUGAAAAUAGCUUGCUUGCUGUAGAGGUCCCGCCAAAAGAUGGUCUUCCUCAUGCUGACAUAUCCUUCCAGCCUCUGGUCCAGUGCUUGGAUGUUGAUAAUUUCAUCAAACUAUUUACAGCUGUGGUGCUGGAGAGGAGGAUUUUGCUCCGCUCUGACAAAUAUUCUCUUUUAACUCUUGUAUCGGAGGCCAUAUGCCACUUAAUAUAUCCAUUUCGAUGGCAGCAUGUCUACAUUCCGUUGCUAUUUUUCAGUGGAGUUGACUAUAUUGAUGCCCCCACACCAUACAUGAUGGGUCUUCAUUCAGGUGUUGAUACCUUUGGUUUGAUGAUGGAUGGCGUGGUUGUGGUUGACCUUGAGCGUAAUCUCAUCACCACAUCUGAGGAAAUUCCUCCCAUACCUGAGCCAGAGUAUAGUUUGUUGCGCGGUGAGAUAUUGAAGCUGUUACAUCCAAACGUCGUUGGCAUCGAUCAGAUGAAGGUUGGGUCUUUCUCUGAACAAGGCCCUAGAGGUGGCUGUAGGCCAUGGGGAGAGGAUCAUGAUCUCCAGCUUAGGUUUAUAUUCCUAAAAUUCUUUGCUUCAAUUUUAGCUGGCUAUCGCAAUUUCAUAGAAAACACAGCAACUCAUAUAUUCAACAGCCAGGCUUUUUUAAAGAAGCGGUCUCGGUCGACAAAUCAGCCUCCAGAUCCUAUGAUAAGCCAGUUUUUAGAUUCCCAAGGCUUCCUAGAUUAUUUAGAGAGAGGUCUCGGCUCUGAAGAAAAUGGACACAAUCUUCUUGAUAAGUUACAAGAUGCUAUUGGCCGGGGCCAAAAUCCUUUUUCAAUUCUUCCUUCACUUUUGAUAGAGCCUGAUAUUGUAACCAUCUCUGAUCCUGGAUUGGGAGGGUCAGGAGCUAAAUAUAGUUAUGACAGAUUUCCUGCAAAUAUUAGAACGGAGGAGCAGGAAGAAAAGCGGAAGCAGAUUUUAGCAGCAGCCAGUGGGGCCCUAGAAUAUUCUGGAAAGCACACUGUGAGUUCUCCUUCAGUGCGUGUCGGUAGAGAUUCGAAGACUGAAAGCCUGAGCCCAAGGGAGAGGGCUGCCGAACGGGAGCGCAUGGUUCUGGACAUUAAAGUGAAGUUGCAGGGAUUAUGGCUACGACUUUUGAAGUUGGGGACAACUGAUGAUCCUCUUUCAUCAUUUGAGUACGGAACCAUUCUUGCUUUGAUUGAGUCUGAUGCUGAGGGAAUUGGAGGCAGUGGAUUUGUUGAAUGUAUAGGAGAGCACAUUCAUUCGGGAUGGACCUGUGUGUUGACAGAAGAGCAGUUUGUUGCAGUGAAAGAACUGCUGAAGACUGCAAUCAGCCGUGCUACUGCUCGGAAUGACAUGCCAACGAUUAGAGAUGCCCUUGAAGUAUCAGCUGAAAUGCACAAAAAGGAUGUGAACAAUGUCCCAGAUUAUGUUCAGCGCCACCUACGUUCUCUUUCCAUCUGGGAUGAGUUACGCUUUUGGGAAGGGUACUUCGACUAUUUGCUUGACCGCUUCUCCAGCAAAUCAACCAAUUAUGCGACACUGGUGACAACACAGCUGAUAAUUGUAGCGACACAUAUGGCUGGUUUGGGACUUCCCGACACCGAUGCAUGGUACAUGAUUGAAACGAUCGCCGGAAAGAACAAUAUUGGAUAUAAGCACAUUAUUAAGAUCAGGGGAUUCCUAUCGCAUAUCAGACAAAUUUGCAUCGGAUAUUGGGGAAUCCAUUCUGGAAAAUCUCAGUCUGUAUCCGCUUUUGGGCUGCCUUCUCCACGUCCUCAGGAUGUUUCCGAUAGCCCUCAGCAGUCUUCUGAGGCAUCUGUUGUUGGAAGGAGCUGGGUUCAGAGCAUGUUUAGCCGGGACAGGGCCAGCUCCUUUAGUCGGGUCCGUAAGUGGACUUCUGAUAGUGGCACAUUAGAUGAGAAUGGAUCUCUGCAGAAGCAAGAUGUAUCUGCAGCAGGGCAGAAGAAGGUUCAGACCAAUAUCCGCUUGUUAAGAGGUCAUAGUGGUGCAGUUACUGCUUUACAUUGUGUGACCAAGAGAGAAGUUUGGGAUCUAGUUGGUGAUCGUGAAGAUGCAGGAUUUUUCAUCAGCGGAAGUACAGACUGCACGGUGAAGAUAUGGGACCCUAGUCUUCGUGGAUCUGAACUCAGGGCGACACUUAAGGGGCACACUAGAACUGUUCGUGCUAUAAGCUCUGAUAGAGGAAAGGUCGUAUCUGGAUCAGAUGAUCAAUCUGUACUUGUGUGGGAUAAACAGACGACUCAGCUUCUAGAAGAGCUGAAGGGUCAUGAAGCUCAGGUCAGUAUUGUACGGAUGCUCUCAGGAGAGCGUGUCCUCACGGCUGCUCAUGAUGGAACUGUGAAAAUGUGGGAUGUAAGAACAGAUACAUGUGUAGCAACUGUAGGGCGUUCUUCAAGUGCUGUUCUCUGCAUGGAAUAUGAUGACUCUAGUGGGAUCUUGGCUGCUGGAGGCAGAGAUGCGGCUGUGAACAUUUGGGAUAUUCGGGCUGGAAAGCAGAUCCACAAGCUUUUAGGGCAUUCAAAAUGGAUAAGGUCUAUUAGAAUGGUUGGAGACACAGUCAUAACAGGUAGUGAUGAUUGGACAGCCCGAAUGUGGUCUGUCUCUCAAGGGACAUGUGAUGCGGUUCUAGCUUGCCAUGAUGGUCCAGUUUUAUCUGUGGAAUACUCGAUUGCAGAUAAAGGGAUUAUCACAGGAUCAAAUGAUGGACUUCUUCGGUUUUGGGAAACUGAUGAUGGUGGCAUUCGAUGUGUCAAGAAUGUUACCAUUCAUAAUGCUCCUAUAUUGUCUAUCAAUGCGGGAGAACACUGGUUGGGGAUCGGAGCAGCUGAUAAUUCAAUGUCUCUCUUCCAUCGGAAUCAAGACAGACUUGGUGGACUUUCAAAUGCUGGUCCGAAGAUGGCCGGGUGGCAACUCUACAGGACUCCACAACGAGCAGUUGCUAUGGUUCGAUGUGUGGCUUCCGACCUGGAAAGAAAGAGGAUUUGUUCCGGUGGAAGAAACGGGAUGCUAAGGCUGUGGGAUGCAACUAUUAACAUUUAA